GUUUUGUUGGAUCAGCGUGGUGAAUGGCAGCGUGUGCAGGAGGUGUUGAAGGAUUUAUGUAAGGUUACAUCAAGUCGCCUGCAGGUUCACUGGGGAAUCAGGACUUUUGUGUGAUGAGAUUUUGUAACGAUGCUGUGGCCCUGCCCUAUAAGUAACUGAUACGUCACACCUUACGCGCUCCUAGCUGCCAUUAAUGUGUGCGUCUCUCCAGAUUUACCACCGUGUGGAGAACAACAGGAUCAUCUACAACUGCACUGGCGUUCCCCGGGAUGCGCACUUCUUUAUUUACUUUGGAUUGUGGAUGAAUUUGAGCACUUUUGCAUGUACUUUUCCGUACAUCUAGCUCAUUCAUUGACUUUAUUAGUUCCUACAUUAUGCUGGGAAUAUUUAGACAGCAAACUUUGAUAUAUCUUUAGGCGCACGUCGGGAUUCUUGACUUGGGUCCACCUGAGUGCAGCCUCAUUUGGAGACAGAGAGGCUGCCUUCGGAGAGGUGGGAGCGCGUCGGCGGGAAGAUGGUAUCAGCGCGUUUUCUUCAGGUCACCGCAGGUCUGUGAGGUGCUGUCAGGUUGGACCUGCGUGGACUGACCGCAACAACAGCAGCACAUGAGAGCUGAUUUAUCUUGUUUACCUCCUGAACAUCAGAGCGCAUCCUCCCACCGCCUCAACGAUUUAUUGUCUGCUGGGUAUUUACAGCAGCCUCCUUCUCCCUGGCUGAGCUCUAGUUUGGCCUACAUUCCCUCCAAAAGAAAAUGAAUUUCGAUCAGAUCCUCUCUGAAAUCGGCGGCUAUGGCAAAUACCAGAAAAUUCUGUACAUCUGGAUUUGUUUACCUCAGAUCUUCCUCGCUUUCCACAUGAUGGUGAGCAUCUUCACCGGGGCCACUCCGCCCCAUCAGUGCCGGGAGAACUCCAGCUCAGCAGCGGGGAAUCAGUCCUUCAGCCCGGCUACACUCACCCUGAACUUCAGCCUCUCCAACUCCUCCUGCUUCUCCUCGGAUGUUCAGCUGCACGGCAACCGGACUGAGCGCGUCCCCUGCGGCCACGGAUGGGUCUACAGCAAGGAGACUUUUCAGAGCACCACUGUCACAGAGUGGGAUCUGGUGUGUGACAGGGCUGGACUGAACAGUCUUGGAUCGUCCAUCUACAUGUUUGGCCUGUUGGUGGGAUCUGUGGUGUUUGGAGCCAUGGCUGACAGGUACGGCCGGCGUUUCGUCCUGCUGCUGUCCAUCGCUCUCCAGACCGUGUUCGGAGUCGCUGUAGCUUUUGCACCAAACUUCCCAGUCUAUGUGAUUCUUCGCUUUGUAGUUGGCACCACAAUAUCUGGAGUCAUCAUCAAUGCUUUUGUGCUUGGUACUGAGUGGACAUGCACUAAGAAGCGAAUGCUGGCUGGUGUCAUCACAGACUUUGCCUUCGGUAUUGGUUACAUGCUGCUGGCAGGUGUGGCAUAUCUGAUACGAGACUGGAGAAAACUGCAGCUCGCGAUAUCAGCCCCGGGCUUCCUACUUGUCUUCUAUAUAUGGGUGGUCCCUCACUCUGCCAGAUGGUUGCUGACCAAAGACAGGAGAGAAGAAGCCAUCGCACUCCUCCGUAAAGCAGCACUUGUUAAUGGCCGGGUCUUACCUCCUGCUAUUCAGAUUGAGAAGUGUGAGAUUUUUAUUGGAGGGAAGCAAAAUCACUCAGUGGUGGAUCUUGUACGGACGCCUCAAAUGAGAAAGAGAUCGUUUAUCUUGUUCUACAUCUGGUUUGUGAAUGUCCUGGUGUAUUAUGGCUUCGCACUGGGUGUGUCCAGGUUGGGGACGAACCUCUACCUGACUCAGUUUGUGUUCGGUUUGGUUGAGAUCCCGGCUCGUUCUCUGGUCCUCGUCUUCCUUCCCUGGAGCCGCCGAUUCUCCCAGAGUGGCUUCUUAACUGUUGGAGGGAUCGGCUGUCUACUCAUGCUCGCUGUCCCUGCAGAUCAUCCCAAUGUCCUGACAGGUCUUGCCAUGGUGGGGAAGUUUGGUAUAUCGGCUUCCUUUGCUGUCAUUUAUGUAUACACUGCUGAGAUAUUCCCCACUGUGCUCAGGCAAACAGGAAUCGGUGCGUCCAGCAUGUUUGCAAGGAUGGGCGGUAUGUUAGCACCCAUUGCCAACAUGCUGUUCAACCAUUACCCUGCUGCACCCCUCGUCAUCUUCGGCACUUGCUCACUUAUAGGCGCCCUCUUGGCCCUGGCGCUGCCCGAAACUGCCAACAUCCCUCUUCCUGACACAGUGGAGGAUAUAGAGAAGUGGGACAUCAGCAGGUCACCUCCAGUCAAGGACAACCCUGACAUGCAUGAAGAUGUUAACCAGCUAGCAAGCAGCACAGAGAAGCAGGAGCUACAGCAUCCAGCUAGUCAGACCUAACAGUGUGUUAAAGGUUGCACUUGUUCCACUAUUCAAAUAUUAUACUGCCGCAACUCUGAUACUCAAUACACUAUUUACCAUAACAUCUUCUAUGCAAUCAUAUGUCAGGAUCUGGUUAUAAACUCUAUGCAAAAAAGCCAAGCAUGAUCUUCCCCGAGACGUUUACGCAGUUGUUUCAAUUUUGAGAAGUGGUUUGAUAUAUUUUAUAUAUGUGGGGACGUUAAGUAGUUCCCAUUAGGGCUUUGCAGACACACAGAUUGUAUAUUUGUAUACACCAUUGGCUACAACAUUAAAAUCAUCUGUUUAAUGUAGAAUAUGUCCACCUUUUGCCGCCAAAAACAGCUGUGACCCAAUGAGGAAUGGGCUGAGACCCUAGAAGGUGUCCUGAGGUAUCAGACACUAUGUCAGCAGCAGAUCUAUUAAGUGCUGGAUGUUACAAUGUAAGGUUGCCAUGAUCUGACUUGUUUGUCCAGCACAUCCCACAGAUGCUAGAUUGGAAUUAAGAUUUGAGGAAUUUGGAGGCCAAGUCAAAACCUUGAACUCGUUGUUUCAUCAGACCAUUCCUGAACAGUGUGUCGCAGGGAGUAUUAUCCUGCAUAGAGAGCAUCUCCAUCAGGGAAUACUGUUGUCAUGAAGAGGUGUACAUAGUCUGCAACAGCUUUUAUGUAGGGGGCAAAGAAAUAUCCACAAUGCAGGACCAAAGUUUUCCCAGCAGAUCAUUGCCUAGAUCAUCACACUGUCUCUGCCAAUGCACCUUCUUUCAAUAUCUUCCAUAUCUAGAACACACAUCCAGCCAUCCAUAGGCUUUCAGCAGAGGAUAGGGGUCAACAUGGGCACUCCAACAGAUUUGUGGUUACACUGCCCCAUAUAAUGCAUGCUGCAAUGCAUCUUUCUAUCAUAGCAGCAUAAAUGUUUUCAGCAAUUUGUGCUAUAGCAGGUCUUCUGUGGGAUCAGACAACAUGAGCCAGCCUUUGCUCCCCCCGUACAUCUAUGAACCUUGGGGGCCCAUGAGACAGAAAAUGUUGGGAGGAGGGAGGAGGAGCAAUAUGCAGUAAAUACAUUCCAUGGGUUGGAAUUGAACCAUGGUAACCCAUUCAACCAGGUGAGCACAAAGAAGGUACAAAUUAGAAGGUACUAAAUCACUGCAUACCAGGAACACCCCACAAGACCUGCUGUUCGAUGCUGUUAUCUACCUAUCAUAAUUUACCUCUUGUGCAAGUCACUUGAAUCCUCACGCUGCCUGCUUUUCAACUUCAAGAACUGACUCUUCACCUGCUACCUAGUAUAUCCCAGUCCUUGACAUAUGCCACUGCGACAAGACAGCCCAAGUUAAUUGUCAUUGGUUUUAAUGUUUUGGCUGGAUGGUGUAUAUUUAUAUAUCUUGGGUCCAAACUGUCUUAAUCUGUACUGAUUUUAAGAAUAAAGUUGGACAAAAAGCUGAA